ACUGUGCUUCAUUGGGGCUCGAAACACGGAAGCGAGAAGAUCAUCAGGAUGUUCGCUGGCAAAUACAAGGCUGAUGUCAACGCGAGAACGAAUGGGGGUUACGCUCCUCUUCAUUUGGCAGCUCAGUUCGGUCGUCACGAUGUAUACGAGCUUUUGGUCGGCGUUUUCGAGGCCGAUUCACAUAUCAGGGAUUUCAGCGGUAAGAAACCGGAGCAGUACAGGAACGUGAAGAUGCAGUCGCGUCCGAAGAUUUCUUCACACAAUUUGAAAGGAAGAAAGAAUAAAUACGGAGACAAAGACUUGGGAUUCCUGCGAAUCGGUUCGCUCAAUGUGAGAGUGAAGAAAACCACGGAGGCUUUCAGUUCGUUCCUUGGAGUAGGUGGAGGAGGAUCCAUUGAUCCAAUUGCCGAGAAGAUGCACAAAGGAUGGGGAUCCGCGGAUAAUCUAGGACAGGAUAUGCCAGCACCCAAAGGAUUGGGUGGAUCAAAGAGGAAGAGCAAACGCCCGUUGCAGCAAUCAGGAACGCACAGCAAUCCAGGAACUCCAAAUCAACAGCAGAGGAUCAUCCAAAGACAUUCCUUGCAGGACUCUGAUUCCGACACUGCAGCCGGUUUCGAUCAAAACUGGCAGAACUAAUGAGUUUUUUUUUACUCAUAUUACUCAAUAUACUCGAUGUGAGUGGAGAAUCUCACAUGAAUGUUUCCUUCCUAUACCCUUCAUUCCAUCCUUUUCUUAAUUGUAAUACGUAAUAAUUAUUGUUUCAUUAUUGUUUAUAUAUGUUUUGUAUGU